UUCCCAUCGUUGGUCUACCAUGGAAGCAUCAAGAACAUGGAUCCUCGUGUUUGUUAUCGUGACUUUCAACUGCUUUUCUUGCACUGAAAAUGCCACCAUUGCUCCAAAUGAAAACAUUACUACUCCUUUUCCUGUCUACACUUCUUCAGAUAUCACACCAGAAACCACGAGUCCUGGGAAAGGAAGUACCGUUCCUGAGAUGAAAUCCACGACAACAGCCACUGCAGGAAAAAGAACUUCUGCAGACAUUUGUGGCACAGCUCCUCUCAGCAGCAUACUCGGACAAACACCCAGGAUAGUUGGAGGACAGGAUGCCUCCGUGGGGAGCUGGCCCUGGCAGGUCAGCCUUACUGAGGAACCCUACGGACACAUGUGUGGAGGCUCCCUCAUCAACAAGGAGUGGGUGCUGUCUGCUGCGCACUGCUUCAGCAGUGCCAGCACAAGUGGGUGGACUAUCCGUCUGGGUCGACAAUCCUUGGACGAUUCUAACUCAAACGAAGUGUCUAGAACCGUGGCUGAGAUCAUUCUACAUCCUAAUUACGAUGCCACAAAUGAGAAUGACAUGGCUCUGCUCCGGUUGAGCAGUGCUGUCUCCUUCACCGACUACAUCAGACCUGUUUGUCUGGCGGCCAGCAGCAGCAUUUUCCACCAGGGAACAGACAGCUGGGUCACUGGCUGGGGAAACAUCAAAGAAGAAGAGUUUCUUCCGUACCCAGGGGUUCUUCAGGAAGUGGAAGUUCCUGUAGUUGACAACAAAGUGUGUGAUGAGCUUUUGAUAUUUACAAAAAUCACAGAAAACAUGAUAUGCGCUGGCCUUCGUGAAGGAGGGAAAGACUCCUGUCAGGGUGACUCAGGUGGUCCAAUGGUGAUGAAAGAGGACUCUGUGUGGGUCCAGUCCGGGGUGGUUAGCUUUGGGAUAGGUUGUGCUCAACCUGACCUACCUGGAGUCUACGCCAGGGUCUCCCGUUAUGAGGACUGGAUCAACUCCCACAUCAGCAGUGACCCACCAGGCUUCGUGCAGGUCAUCACCCCUACCCCACUGCUUCCUGUUCCCUCCAGCGGGACCAAAGUCACAUGCUCAUUCUGCCUCUACAUCCUCCUGUCUUUUCUACUCCUCCCCCUCCACGGGAGCCUAGGUGCCUGCUAUACAGGAUCAAAAAGGAUAUAUUUUCUACCACUUUUUUGUUUUGGAAUGGCUGUGAUGGCUGAAUACAUUUACAUUGUGGCUGCAAUUUUAUAUGUGCAAGGUCCAGUCUCUACAAUCGCACAGGAGGUUAAAAGCACUGAUGUUUGUGGCACAACUCCUCUUCUCAGCAGCAGGAUAGUUGGAGGACAGGACGCCUCCGUGGGGAGCUGGCCCUGGCAGGUCAGCCUUCAGAGACCCUAUGGUCACGUGUGUGGAGGCUCCCUCAUCAACAAGGAGUGGGUGCUGUCUGCUGCGUACUGCUUCAGCAGCAAUGAUCCCUCGUACUGGACAGUGAAGUUGGGACAGCUCACCCUACAGGGCAAUAGUGCACAUGCAGUAUCCCGAGACGUGGCUGUGAUCAUUCUGCACCCCAACUGGGACAGAAACACGUUUAACCACAACAUGGCUCUGGUUAGACUUAGCAGUCCUGUCUCCUUCACCAGCUACAUCCGACCCGUGUGUUUGGCAGACAAUGACAGCAUAUUCCUCAAUGGGACAGACAGCUGGGUGAGCGGAUGGGGUUACAUCAAAGAGGGAGAGCCUUUACCCUCACCCAAAGCCCUACAGGAAGUGAAGCUUUCAGUGGUGGAAAAUUAUGUUUGCAGAAGUCUCCUGGGAUAUCAAGCUAAAGUAACUGAUGACAUGAUGUGUGCUGGCGCACUGGAGCAAGGGAAGGACACAUGUCUGGAAGACACUGGAGGUCCAAUGGUGAACUACCAGGACUCUCUAUGGAUUCAAUCUGGGGUGGUGAGUUUCGGGAAAGGCUGUGGCAGACCUGGGCUACCUGGAGUCUACGCCAGAGUAUCUGGUUAUGAAAAGUGGAUCACAAACUACACCAGAGGUGACCCACCAGGCUUCAUCCGGUUUAGGUCCACCAGCAACGUGACCACACCUGCACCAACAACUAGCUCACCAGCAACAUCUACAGAAGCUUCUGCCAACAAACCCUCCGCCUGGUUCUCGCACCAUGUUCUUUUCUUCACAUUCUUCACUAUAGCACUCAUAAAAGACUGA